UAUUAUUCCAAAUACCCAGCCGCCAACGACUCCUCUGCCCUCACUGCCAACGACGACCGCUGACGCACUACGCCGACCGCCGACCGCCGCUCGCCUGGCCGACCGCUGAACGCUAUUGCCUUCUCCGCCGCUGCCUGGAAGAGCAGAUAUAUCAACAGUAUUAUGGCUGCAAACAGGCCUCGGACUAGCAGUUUCUCUCGCAACAUUGCUGCUGCUCCGGUGUCCCAGAUUCCUGGACUUAAGCAUGGCCCAAAUGGCACAAUGUUUCUUUCUUCUGGCAUAUCUGAUCUUGACAAGAUUUUGGGUGGCGGAUUCUCUUUGGGGAGCCUAGUCUUGGUGAUGGAAGACCCUGAGGCACCUCAUCAUAUGCUUUUGUUGAGAAAUUUUAUGUCUCAGGGGAUUGUUCACAAACAGCCGCUGCUUUAUGCCAGUCCUGAAAGGGAUCCCCGUAGUUUUCUUGGUACUUUGCCAAGUCUAAUGUCUUCAAAGGAUGACAAGUCUCGUGAUAGGGACACAGAACAGGACAAGGGUUUAAGAAUUGCUUGGCAAUAUAAGAAGUAUUUCGGGGAACAAAAUUCAGAGGUUCAGCGAGGUGGAAAAGCUGAAUAUUGCAAUGACUUUGACUUGCGGAAGCCAUUAGAGCGGCACUUCCUUAGUGGACAACGCAUUGAUUGCAUUAGUCUUCAGGAUUUUCCCAAUCUAGACCCUCUACGUCAGUGUUGCUCAACUUUCUUAGCCCAAAUCCCAAGAUGUGAUGGUAACAUGACUUGCACAGGCAGAAUUGCCAUUCAGUCACUAUGUGCUCCUCAGUGCGACUUUUCCAACAAUGAGUGGGACAUCCUUUCUUUCAUCAGAUCUUUGAAAUGCAUGAUACGGUCCUCAAAUGCAGUUGCAGUCAUAUCAUUUCCUUCAUCUCUUAUUUCCCCAUCCUCCUUGAAGAGAUGGCAGCAUCUAGCAGACACAUUAAUCUCUGUUCGACCAAUUCCAGAUGAGGACAAGGACUUGUCAAAGCUUCUCACAGGUUACCAGGACAUGCUUGGUCUUCUCAAUGUGCACAAAGUGGCACGUAUUAAUACACAGGUUCCUGUAAUUCUUGAAGCGACCACGUUUUCAAUUAAACUCCACAAGCGACGAUCAUUAAUUCUAGAGUGUCUAAAUCAAGCCCCGGUUGAUGGUUCAAGUGGGGCUUCGUAUGGUUCUUCUGGUAAUUGCUCCGGGAGUUCCAAGACAGGGAACCUUGACUUUUAGUUGGCACCAGAUUGCGGUUAACUGCAAUCUUUCAGGAUUGUACUCGUAUUUACUUGAUCACAUCCCGUCAUGGUGAAGGUUUGGUUGAAUUUUGACAGAUGUAUUAUCAUUCUCGUCUGAGCUUGAAGCAAAAAUGAGUUCGUGGGAAAAGAAAAUGUGUGUUAUACUUUGUAAUGCAGUAAUCUGUUAUCUGUAUUGAGUCUGACAUACCCAAGAUGAAAUCCAGAUUGAAUAUAACUUUGAAGAUCAAUAUAUAAUAGGUAUAGUGCUGGUUAGAGUAGAUUAUAUAGACUAAACAUAAUGAUCCUGGUUUUCACAUAAUCUAUUUUCUGAAGCUUACUGUGUACUCCUACUAUUUUAUAAUGUCCCAAGUGUUUCAUUAAACCUUAUACCA